UCCAGAGAAAAUCCUCUUUUCAUUCUGCUUUCAUUCAGCUGCAGUAAUCCUUUAAUAACUCUCACCAGACUCCAUACAAAUAUGUAACCUUUUUAGAGUUUGCUGUAAAACCACUGCUUCAGCAGUGCUGUGACAUAUGGAAAGUUACCAUAAGGAUACUAAAAAUAUAUUACAGUGUUGGCGGAGGACUGAUAGACCAGAACGUGCACUGAGAUGGCUGAGGAUUGGAAUAAUUUGGAGAACAUUUUGGAUAGUUUUGUGGAGGUUCUUUCAGCUGGAACUGAACAUCAGAUCCUGAAAACUUAAGACGUCUGUUUCUAUUGUUGUUAUCAUUAUCAUUAUUAUAUAGUAUUUUUAAAUGAGCAUCUCUGUUCGCAGACAUACUAAAAACAUGAAAACUCAGCUUUAGAGUAUUAGUAUUUUGGAAAGUGUAGUCUUGGACCCAAAAAGAACAACACAACAAUAAGAAACCAGACAGAAGCGAUGGGCUUCUCUGAUCUGCUGGAGGAGGUGGGCGGUUUCGGCAGGUACCAAUGGCUCCACGUGACACUGAUCAGCUUCCCUGGUUUGCUGAUGGCGAGUCAGAACCUGCUGAAUAAUUUCAUCUCAGGAAUCCCCACCCACCACUGCAGCCUGCCGGCCAAUCAGAGCCUGUACAACCUGUCUCACUACCAGAUGGAUGAGAAGCAGAUGCUGAAAGCGUUCAUCCCUCUGGACUCUUCAGGAAGUAAACUGGACAGGUGCAGGAGGUUUGUGGAGCCUCAGUGGCAGCUGUUAGCCGCUAACAGCUCAGUAAACGUUAGCCAGCUACAGACAGAAGGAUGUUUGGACGGAUGGACGUUCGACCGCUCUGAGUUCCUUGCCACCACCGUCUCUGAGUGGGACCUGGUGUGUUCUCUGCGUCCUCUGAAACAGAUGAUUCAGACCAUCUAUAUGGGUGGAGUUUUAACAGGAGCCAUCAUCUUUGGCAGCCUGUCAGACAGGUUUGGCAGACGGGCCAUCCUCAUUUGGUCAUACCUGCAGCUGGCCGUGCUCGGCUGUAGCUCCGCCCUUUCUCCCACUUACUCCGCCUACUGCAUUUUCAGAUUCCUCAGUGGGAUGGCAGUGUCCGGAAUCAUCCUGAAUGGAGUCUCACUGAAGGUGGAGUGGAUCCCGACUAAAACGAGGACAUUAGUGGGCACGAUCACCUCCUUCUUCUUCACAUUUGGUCAGAUGAUCCUGGCAGGCCUUGCCUAUUGGCUGAGAGACUGGAGGAAGCUGCAGGUGGUCGUCUGUGCCCCCUACUUCCUGUUCUUUGCCUACAGCUGGUGGUACUCGGAGUCGGCUCGGUGGCUGGUGCUGAACCGUCGGUCUGAUGAGGCGUUGAAGAGUCUUCACCGAGUCGCUCGAAUCAAUGGAAAAUCAGAGAUAGUCGACAAGUUAACACUGGAGGUUCUCCACUCUCACAUGAAGAAGGAGAUUGAGUCGAGUCGCUCAUCAUUCACAGCAUAUGACUUACUGAGGACCAGAGGGAUGAGACGUAUCUCCAUCUGUCUGAUCGUCGUCUGGUUCUCCACCAGUUUUGCUUACUACGGUUUGGCGAUGGACCUGCAGAAGUUUGGGGUGAGUAUCUACCUGAUGCAGAUCAUCUUUGGAGCCGUUGAUAUUCCCGCCAAACUGCUGGCUCUGGCCUCGCUCUCUUACCUUGGGAGGAGGAUCUCUCAGGCCGCCUGUCUCUUCCUGUCGGCCCUCGUCAUCUUUGCCAACAUGUUUGUUCCCACAGACAUGCAGACCAUCAGGACCAUGUUGGCGUGUCUCGGCAAAGGUUUCACCUCGGCCUCCUUCACCGUCAUCUACCUCUACACUGGAGAACUCUACCCCACCGUCAUCAGGCAGACAGGAAUGGGCUUCGUCUCCACUAUGGCGAGGGUCGGCAGCAUGGCGGCCCCCGCCGUUCUCAUCCUGGACGAGGUACUCCCUGUUCUGCCCAGUGUGGUAUAUGGGGGUGCAGCAGUGUUGGCUGGCUGCUUUGCCUGCUUCCUGCCGGAGACACUGAACUUGCCGCUGCCCGACACCAUUGCUGAUGUGGAGGACAAAUGGUCUGCAAUAAAUUCUGGCCUCAGACAACAAGAAGGCGUGUCAUUGCAUGAGGGCGGAGCCUCUCAGUGUGAAGGCGUGGCUUUAAAAGAGCUGAAGGAUGCAGAAGGGACUGGACUCAAUGCCCGCUGACCAAUCAGAUGACACCAGUCAGAGCCAAUCACAGCUGUGUUGAACCUUGACCAAUCAGAUGGCUGCACUGAACCUUAACCAACCAGGCUGCUGAAGUCCUUAAUGACCAAAAAAAAUGACCCAA